GUUCAUGGUAAAUGGCGACCACGUAUGCGGUGCUGGUAUCAUUGGACGAGAAUGGGGUAUAACAGCGGCUCAUUGCGUGAUCGAAUUCAUCGAUAGUCCUUACAACUUCGUAAGCGUUCGCAGCGGAUCGAACAGGCACGAUUACGGCGGGAUCGUUCACAAUGUCACGUACAUGUCCUACCACGAGAAAUACGAUUCUGGCAACAAUGAUUACGACAUCGCGGUGUUCAAGGUGGAUCCGUUUUUUCGCUUCAACAACGUUACGCAACCGGCGAACCUGCCAGAAAACUCCCGGUUCUACGACACUGAUUGGGGUUUGGUGGCCGGUUGGGGUGACUUCAUCGAUUUCGAUCCGGUAUUGUCGAACAACCUGCAGUACGUGAUUGUGCCGAAAGUUUGCCGAAAACUUUGCGCGGAAGAUUACCGAAAUCGGUACGAAAUCACGGACCGUCAAGUUUGCUAUGGAUUUCAGGACGGUGGAAAAGACUCAUGCAAGGGUGACUCGGGCGGUCCAUUGGUCACCAAGAAUUUCACCAUGAUCGGUAUCACUUCGUGGGGCGACGAUUGCGGUAAACCAAACUCACCGGGUGUUUACACCGAUGUCAUCGGCCUCGUGGACUGGGUCAAGAACAAGACGACUGUAUAAAUCUAUUCCCGUCUGUAUUUCGUGAACGGUGCCGUUUUAUUGUUAGUAGGGGAAAUCGAAGCAAAUCGGUUCAAAAUAAGAAUUCAGUCCGUAUUUGUUAUACCCUCAUGGAAACGAGCAAGGCCGUUCCUGGUUUGUUGGCCGUUCGGGUAGAAAAACAGUAUCGCCGCCCUGAUUGAUUUACUAUUAUUCAAUUAAGAAUUUGAUAUCCAACGUUUAC